AUCGCCUCUUUGUGCAAGCAACAACAGUAGGAAGUAGGAGGAUUAACCUACAGGUAACUGCAAUUGACGCUUGUUCAUAGGAUGUUUGCGUGAACAUUGCAAAGAAAGCUCUUCACCUACUGGUUGACUUAUCCUCCAUUUUCUUCCUCGGUAGUUCGCCCAAAAACUGCAGCAAUGCCCCCACCCGGCGUGUGUCUAAACAUUAAGGAGGCUCGUAACAAAGAAGAGGGUUAUGGGAGCACCACAAACCCCAACAGGCUCUACGAUCAAGACGUCCAACAGCUGAAGGCAUACUGUGUCACUAACAGAAUCAAAUUUGUGGACGAAAUGUUCCCACCUGACAGGAGCUCCAUUGGCCAUGGAAUACUGACCCCCUCCGACCUGGGUCGACUGGAGUGGCUGAGACCGGCGCCCAAAAACUGCAGCAAUGCCCCCACCCGGCGUGUGUCUAAACAUUAAGGAGGCUCGUAACAAAGAAGAGGGUUAUGGGAGCACCACAAACCCCAACAGGCUCUACGAUCAAGACGUCCAACAGCUGAAGGCAUACUGUGUCACUAACAGAAUCAAAUUUGUGGACGAAAUGUUCCCACCUGACAGGAGCUCCAUUGGCCAUGGAAUACUGACCCCCUCCGACCUGGGUCGACUGGAGUGGCUGAGACCGGCGAAUAUUGCUCCUAAUCCAUCGUUUGUCGUUGAUGGGGUCUCCAGGUUCGAUUUUGGUCAAGGAUUUCUCGGAAACUGCUGGUUUCUUGCAUCUAUCGGAGCUCUGACUUUCCAGAAUCACAUCUUCAGGCAGGUUGUUCCUGUUGACCAGGAGUUUGAUGAGAACUACUGCGGGCUGUUUCAUUUCAGGUUCUGGAGAUUUGGCAGAUGGAUGGAUGUUGUUAUUGAUGAUAAGCUGCCAACAAUCAACGGCAGACUGAUCUUCGUUCAAUCCAAAAGACAAACCGAGUUCUGGCCUGCUCUGCUGGAGAAAGCCUACGCCAAAGUUUGCGGUUCCUACACGGACAUGAGUGCUGGAACUCCAAUAGAGGCAAUGAUGGACUUCACUGGUGGUGUCCACAUGUGUAUACAGCUGUCUGAGCCUCCCCAGGAGCUGCUGGACUUGAUGUGCAGAGCUGCUAAAUCCAGUGCCCUGAUGGGCUGUGGUACACAUCAAAGCGAGAGGUCGUCUUCUUCUAUGACCUUAUUACCAAAUGGCCUGGUCCAGGGUCAUGCCUACACUGUGACAGGCAUCAAACAGAUGAUGAGCCGAGGAAGACUCAUAAACCUGGUGCGUUUGUGGAACCCCUGGGGAAAAGGAGAGUGGAACGGAGACUGGAGUGAUCGGUCCCUUUUGUGGCAAUCAGUCAGCUCAGAAGAUCGUGACAUGUGCCUUCGCGUGGCUGACGAUGGAGAGUUCUGGAUGACAGUGGAAGAUUUUUGCAAGUACUACAGCAGUCUUGAUAUCUGCUGCCCGAGUCCAGACUUCCUGGAGGAGAACUCCUCUGGUGUCUGGGAGACCUCCAUGUACGAGGGCAGGUGGGUUGCAGGGACGACCGCUGGAGGCUGCGCAAAUAACAAAGACAGUUUCUGGACAAAUCCACAGUAUCGAAUCAAGAUUUGUGGUGAAUACCACGAGAGCGAUGGAGGGAAAAAUAUCCUGGUGUCGCUCAUGCAAAAGCCGGACAAGAAGAACCGACGCCUGGUGCAAAACUUCCACAUUGGAUUGUCUGUGUUUGAGGUAAAACUGUACAGCGCGCAGAGUGGGAAGCUCCCCGCCUCCUUCUUCAGCACCCGUGCACCGGUUGCCCACACCAAGACGUACAUGAAUGCACGUGAGGUGAUGGAGUUCCUCUCGCUGAAGCCUGGCGAAUACCUGAUUGUGCCGUGCACCUUCAAACCCAAUGAGACCGCCUCCUUCAUCCUGACCAUCCACUCCAAGGCAAAGACCCAGGGCCAUGAGAACUCCAACGAUUAUAAACGUGAACCAGUUCAAAAGGCCAAUAAGCUCAGGAACCCACAAGAAGAUGAAAAUAAGAGAGUCUUUUUCCGAAAACACUCUGACAAGUAUGACGAAGUUGAUGCUGAGCAGCUCCAGGAGAUCCUAAAUGAUAGGAUCCUUAAAGGAGACUUAAAGUCCGGCGGGUUCAGCAUCGAUGCCUGUCGCAGCAUGGUUGCUCUCAUGGAUACAUCAAUCACAGGCAAACUGAACAGUGAGGAGUUUGUUCGUCUGUGGAACAAGCUUGCUGCAUACAUGGACAUUUUUUUCCAAACUGAUGUUUCCCGGACAGGAACACUGUCACUCAGCGAGCUGAGGAAUGCGUUCUUAGCUUCAGGAAUGAAGAUCAGUGAUGACAUGCUCAACCUGAUGGCUCUGCGUUAUGGCGCAUCUUCUGGUCACAUGACUCUGGAGAGCUUCAUCAGCCUCAUACUUCGUCUGGAGUGCAUGUGGAAAAUCUUCAAACAGCUCUCUGAUGGAAAAUCAAUGACUCUUCAGGGAUCUGAGUGGUUGCUCAUUUCCAUGUACACCUAACCAAGCAGGGAAGAUGGAUCUGCAGAAAUACAGGAGAAGAUAUUUUAAGAAAGGUUUCUCAUUGGACAGUUGUUUGUGCCAAAGCAAUUGUCUUUUUUUCAGACUUUGUCACAUGAUAGUACUAAUAAUGUGAAAACAGAAAUGAAACAACUGAAAGUAUGUUAUGCUGGAGAAUUAAGCUUUUUAUAAAACCAAAGCUAUUAUAACGGACCAAUAUGUAUUUUUAGUUUUAGUUUUAGUGAAAACUGUGAUGAUGAUAAAAAAAAAAAAAAAAAAAAAAGAAAACUGUGAUGAUGAUAUGAGUUGUAUUCACGCUAAAAUUGAAUCCAGGGCAAUGGUUAGAGUUUAAGAGCAAAAAAAUUGUGGUAAUGUUUUCUUUUUUGUGCUCUGCUAGUGUCCCGUGCAGAUUUGCUCUGUUCCUUUUGUGAGUAGAAAGAUAGGACCAAGGACAUUCAAAUACGAUGAUAAUAAUCUCUAUAAUUCUGUCCCACUAAUAAGACAAGAACAUAUGAGCUAUUAUUAUAUUUAACAGGAUUAAAACAUUUCACACUGGUCUUUUUAGAUUGGUUUAAUGAUUGCAGCAAUUUAGUUCCAUACUGUGUGAUUUUUUUCUGGACUGCAGCCAAAAGCAAUGUUGCUUCUUUUUGUUUGGCACAGCUAUCUUUACAUAAAUAGUUAACACACUGCAGAAACAAUUUUCUUUGUUACUCUGGCUAAUACGUAUAUUUGCUGAGGAACAUCAACAUUACAUUCCACAUAAAAUAAAAUACCCACCGCUUUGGCAGUCAAACACAUGCACGUGCUCACACAAGACCCAUCAGGAAAUUCAGAGCCUCCCAGAAUUUAAAGAGAAAUUUGUCUGUGGUGAUGAUAUUGGGCUACAGAUCAAGACUUUGUGAUGAUACUCAAAGAAUACAUUUUUUUUUAGCGCUUGUUGUUUUUUAAAUGAAACUAGUUGUCUCUCAUUCAUUAAAACACCU